AUGGAUAAUUAUGGGGGAGAGACGGAUUCGGCGGGUAAUGUGGAGAGUAAGGAGAGUUUGCCGUUAGUUCUUUCUUCAGCUGGUGUGGUGGCUAAUCGGGUGAGAUUAACUCCGGUAGUUACACCGUUGAGUCGGGCCCGGCGGGAGUCGGUGGUUGUUAAGAAGUGGCGGCGGCAAUUGGCGGCGGUUGUAAUUGUAUUGGCGGGAUUGUCCGUUUAUUUGGGCGGUCGUUAUUGGUUUAGUGGCUUGGGAGCGGCGGAGAAGGCGUUGGGGUGUGGAGUUAUUGCGGGGGUAGUGACUUUAUUAUGGUCUUUACGGGUAGUGCCUUUGUAUGCUACUUCUUUGGGCGUACUGCCGGUGGUGGUUGUAUCGGGGAUGUUAAGUCCGGAACAGUCUGUUUUCUGGGGAAUGGGUGAGAGUUUGGUGUGCUUGGGACGUAUUUGUGUUUCUAAGGUGGUGGUGCUUUUGUUGGGUAGUUGUCUUCUUUCAACGUACUUUCAGGCUAAUGGUGGGAGUGCUUUGGUGGUGCCUUACUUAUUGGGUGGACAUAGUCGGAUGGGUGCGUUAUUAAGGUGUAUGGGGUUGAGUUUAGUGCUUUCUUCGGUGAUGUCUAAUGUGACGGCUCCUAUUAUUAUUACUUCUAUCUUGCAGAGUGCGGUGGAUAAUGGGUGUGGUGAUGUGCCGGCGGGGAUUAUUAUGAGUAUUGCUUUGGGAUCAAAUAUUGGUGGUAUGCUUUUGCCGAUUAGUAGUCCUCAAUCGGUGCUUGGGUUUGCGGCGAUGAAUAUUGGCUGGAUGGAAUGGUUGGGAUUUUCGGUGCCUUGUGUGCUGGGAGCCUUUGUUUUUGUUUUUGCCCUUAUCUUCUUCUUCUUUCCUUUUAAGGCAAUGCCGAUGGCAUUGAUAGGUGCUGAUCUUUCGCGGUCUAGUCGGAUUAAGUUGGUGCUAGUCUCUUUGGGAUCGGUGCUUUGCUGGUCCCUCUCCUCUUCUUUACCUUUUCCCCUUCUGGUUGCCGCUCUGCCGGCCUUGGGCCUCUCUUUCGCUCCUGGUGCGUCUCGGGUUCUCAAUCACCGCACCCUAGAAAUCCUCUCUAUUGCUAUUGCUGGGACGGCCUUGGGUGAAGGCAUAGAAAAGACCGGACUACUUAACCAGGCUUCCCAAGCACUUAUUGCUUCUAAUAAGAGUCGGUCCCUUCUCUUUGCCGUAGUUGUUCUCUCACUAUUUAUGCUCCUUGUUUCUUGCCUGGUCUGUCAUACAGUUAGUGCAGUAGUUCUCUUGCCGAUCUUCCAAAAUAUCGGCCAUCUUCUGCAUCGCGAACGGUUAAUCCUUGGAGUCACGGCCCUUGCCUGCUCGGGAGGUAUGGCUCUACCAACUAGUGGCUUCCCUAAUAUCCUAGCUAGUAGUUUUAUUGCAGCAUCCGGUCGAAGAGUCUUAUCUACUUAUCAAUUUAUUGUUUUUGGCUCAAUCGGCACUUUAUUCUGCUGGCUAAUUAUUGUUACAGUUGGCGUAUCAGCAAUGAUACUAAUGGGCUUCUAA